GACACCCAGACCCCCGCAAUUGUCAAGCAGCAGAAGACAAUUUCUAUCACAACAGUACAGGCCAUUUCACCUUCUUCAAAAAUGGUUCCCGACGUCGAUAUAUUCAUCGGGAAUUACACUAUAAUUGACCAAGAAGUCUUUGGACUGUGGGUUCAAGGAUAUUCAGUUGUGGAGGCUGUGUCGGUGCUGCAGCAACGAGGAGCCUUAGAAACAUGGGGAGCGUCACACGAACUGCUAACCUCGGAUACCCUAGACCACUAUCGUACGUUUGGGAUGCUGGAAAAACUGCUGCUCACUCCUACGAAGCUGGCUGAAGAAUGGACCUUCCAGCUAGAGCCUGCAAUACAGAAAAUGGUCAUUGAAAAGUAUUAUGAGUUUGAUGAUAUUGUCAUUCGUGAGAUCAUUGGUAAGAAAUUAUCAGGUAGAACUCGAAAAGACCUGGAUGAUGUUGCUGAAAAAACAGGUGUUUUGCUGCGAUCAUGCAGACGUCAGUUUGACAAUGUGAAAAGGAUAUUCAAGCAAGUAGAUGAAAUGCCAGGUUCCGUGGUGGCAAAUAUCCAGUCGUCAUUUCUCUUACCAACUGAAUUAGCCAAAAAAUACGCAUCGAUUGUCUUCAUCAUCAACAACAGAUUCGAGACGAGCAAAAGGAAGCUCAACUACCUCACCUUCGAGGAUUUUUCGUUGUGCGCGUCGCUCAUGAUGAACUCCUGGACGACCUCGACCAUCUCGUCAAGCUUCAACGUCGGCGCGGAUGGCCGUGAUGACUCGGACGUGGACCGAGAGUUCCUCAUGGAUCUUAGGGACUUCAAGCUCCUGUUAGAUCGUGAGAAGGAACACAGAAAUAUGACCCUAAGCCACUUGCGGGGCAAGAUCCCUGACCGCAUGUGCACCGAGGUUGAGAAUAACUUCAAGGUCUACUCGAGGGCCAUCAUUAACAUUGGCUGUGCCCUCAACAACACACGUGAUCUGCGGGACUUCUUUGUCGACACCGUGGAGAAAAUUGUGGACCCCUGUCGGCAGUCGAGGUGGAAGGGGGCCGAGCUGGAGGUGUUCUUGCAGGUCUAUGCCGAUGCGGGGAGUGGGCUUGAUAUUAUGAACAGUGACCACUCUUUACGGAUGACAUGGGAGAGGUACAUGAACACCAUGCGGAUGUGUAUAUGUCAGUUGUACCACUCCUGACAUCACGCCCCUCCACUGCGCCUGACCCGUACAGCUACUGUGCAGGAAAAGGUCACAUCUGAAUGACCCUUGCUUCAAACAAGGUUGCAAACGAGCUUAGAUUGGUAGAGCAGCCUUAGUCACAUCAAAAAUUUAUCAACUAUUACUGAUUGCAUGGUAGAUGAUUGCUAAAGGAUUUUUAAGCGCAGGCAUUUUGAAUAGAGGAAAGGAAAGGGUUGAGGAAGCUUUGGUAAAGUGAUAUGUACAUCAUAAAGAUUUAAGGAAAGAAUGUUCAACUCCUUUUUCACUUAUUUAUUUAUGUAUUUAUUUAUAUUUUUUUGAGCAAUUUAGGGAAAAUUGUUUAAGGGGUUGGUGAUAACUUAUUAAAAUUUGCAAUAUGCUGAGAGUGUGCCAGCCUCUGAUUAUACUACCUGGUUGAUGAGAAUAUAAUGAGACAUGCAUUAAUAUGUUAUGACAUAAUGUGUUUUUAGGACUGAAUAAAUUACUUAUCACUCAAUAGCAGCUGUGGUGAGACUGUGUUGAAAAAUUGCACAAUGCCUGUUCUGUAUUUGUGUGACAUCCAGUAAUGAUUGAUACACUUGUCAGCAAGGAGAAUCUGAUGCCUUUGGUUAUUUUGAUUUUGGAAUUGAAGUCACUAAUGAAAUAAAUAUUAAAUGUUAUGUGUACGUAUCAUUAUGGUGAGGUUGAGUUUAUUGUGCGUUAUAAAGACAAUAAAUAUUAUUAACUUAUGUCAUCUAUUGUUACGUUAAAAAGACACCAUACUAAAAAUUAUGUUUUAUAUAGAUACAUAUAAAUAUCUAAUAUGAAUGACAAGAUUAUGGGGAAAGUAAUUUGAUUUGUAUUCAUACUGUUAUAUUCCUCAUUUUAUUGUAAAAUUCUUGAACUUUUUAUUUAAUCUUAAGUAAAUUAAUAUAUAUGCAAAUAGAUUCAGUGUGCAGUUGAGGUACUAUAAGUCCUUGUUCCUAAUUAGAGAAAUUUUGAAAGACAUUUACAAAAAUCUGACUUUGGUUUGUAAUAUGUUCCUUUUGUAUAUGAUAUUCAAGCACACAUUUUAUUUUCAUGUAUACUAAUACUUAUGUAAAUAACAUAUGUAAAUCUACAUUGUAAAUAGAAAAUACUGUCAUUAAUCCAUUCUGCCAGGUACAUGCACUGUUGACUGUAGUACUGUUUUGUUAAUUUAUUUUACACGUUAAUGGCUUCACAGUUUCUUAAUUGUCAAGGAGUCUGUUACUAGGCCUACUGACAUCAUCUAUUUUCCACUUUACUUUAUGGGAAAAAAGUCCUUAUUUCUAAUACUGGUGUCAUUAUUAUGAACAGUAUUAUCAUUAUUAUUGAUAUUAUUAUUUCAGUGUUAUUAACAAGCCUAAUAGUGAUAGAAAUAAAAACUUUUCUUUCAGAAUAUUCAAGGAAUAGUACAAACUCCUUGGAGAGCCGUGUAUGUGAUAUUGACAAACUUAAAUCAAGGUGGACAGGGCAGGUGUACAUGCCCUCCUGGUAUCAGCUGGUUGAACAGCUGUAUUAAUGUCAGUGAAAAGAGAUUUUGACUUAUGGUCAUAACUAACUUCUUUCUUAUCUUUUCUUUAAUUCCAGUGCACAUAUCAAACCUAACUUACACUUUGCUUGGGCUGAAAUUGUAUAUUCAAGUCAUACCAUUGCCACGAACAAGAGAGAUCUCAUGAUUGUCGGAAAGAGGUGAGAGAUUCUCAAAUAUAUCUGUUGCACAUUGAGAUACAGCUAAUAUUCAACACCCAUGAAUGAUUAUUUAGCCAUAUUUUGUGAGAUUCAUUAACAUGAGAGGGAUGGCUACCAAAUGUCCAGGUUAUUCUACUUGGGAUUAACCUCUGGGUGCAAAAAUAUGCUGCUUAUAUGAGGUCUUUUAGGCAGUGGUGUGUACCAUGAAUUUCCCAAAUGGCUGUUGAUGAUUUUUGAGGCCUGGGGGGAACUACUUUCAUCUUGAAUGGGUUGUCCUGACAUUAUUUUGUGGAGAGAGACACCAGAUUCAUCAUUUAAAUUUUCCUUGGUUAAGAUAAUUGUUUUAUUUGUUAUCUGUCUGCUGACAUACCCUUCAACAUUUUAAGAAUAAUAUUCCUUAUAAAACAAAAUAGCUAUUAUGAGACUAAAUCUGUGAUUUUGUUCUGAGCGGUAAUAAUUAAUGUUGAUAUUGGGUCUUCAUAUUUUAUUUUUUAUUUUUAUGAUCUUUUGAAGGUAUGUGAAUUAUAUUAUUAUGCAUCCUAGUCUUCCUUACUAAUUUCAUAUUAUGCAGUAAUAAUUGUAAGGCUUUGUACAAAGUUUUGAAUUAUAAACCUUCAUUCAUUACUGCAGAAGUGUUGCUUAUUUCAGAAUUCUGUAUAAAUGAAUCAUAUCCUAAAUACACUGUUAAAAUAAUGAUACUGUCAUGAGAACACAUUAAAAAGAAAAGAAGAAAAUAGGGAGAUAAUUUCAUUGCACAUCACCAUUUAACAAGUAGCCUGAGCACCUCUUAGUGAGACAACAGCAUGACUUGUCUAGAACAGCAUACUCAUUUCAUACUUGAACUCUAAGUGUUUGCAAAUAAAUGGUAUGUAAAAAUGAUCAAAUUACUCCUUGUGUGUAAACCAGAAUAUUUAAGUGUUUGCAGACUUAAGAAGUUAAUGUUAUUCCUGUAUUUGAUAACCUUCAGCUGUGUGAUGAUAUAAGAAGUUACUGAAUUUACACAUUUGUCUUACAUGCUCUGUUCUGACAUACUAUUUGAUGUAUAUAUAUUACUUUUUUAAUUUUUUUUAUACAAAUAUGCUCAGAUGAAGUACCUGAAACACAAAAUUGUUGAACAUCUGUUGAAACAGAAGGCUUACAUUGAGAAUUCUAGAUUAAUAUGCACUACAAAGACAAGGUUUUAUCAGUAUGUGCAUUGAGAACACUCAUCUAAUUAUGUAACUACCUUAAAACACUAGUUUCAACAUGCAUUAGCACUCAGCACAUCAUAUGAUCGAGUACAUUGAUAAAUGUUAAAUACAUGUAUAUAUUUGUAUGUUGAUACAAAGGCAGUGUGUAAUCAGUCACCAAAAAAGUUUGUUGUUUAAGUGUGAAAAUCACAUGAACAACUUUAUGUAAACAAACAUGUAUGGUUAAAUACAAUGCAACAGUUAUAUGUCAUAGGAUUUAAUAUGCAGGGCAAGUGUAAAGAAGAUGGAAGUGAGGGCAUAUGUAUGAUGAUAUGUUAUAUUUGAUGCAAUGUUAGAGCUGGUGAAAGAAAGGUUGUAAUAUAUGUAAUUGAUGGAGAAAAUUGUCUGCAAAAUAAAUUAUAUAGAUUGCCA